GGAGACGAGAAUCCUGAGAGAAAAAGAAGCAGCAGAAGAAGGAGAACCUUUGAAGGAGAACCUUUCCCGAAACAGGAAAAGAAAGUUUGUGAAAGUUCUUAACUUUCUUUUAAAACGACUGGUUAAAAAACCUCCCGAAAAAACUAAAAGACAAAAUGAGGCCAAUGAGCAUCGCGUGCGCCGUCGCCGUCAUCAUCGCGUGCGUCUGCGCGUUACAGAGUGCAGCUUUACCAUCUGAGGUACGGCUCGAUCCUGAGGUACGGCUCGAGGAGCCAGAGGACAGCGAAGCAGCUCGGAGUAUUGAUCAGGGCGUGGCUGCAGCGUUGGCGAAGGAGACGAGUCCUGAGGUGCUGUUCAGGACGAAGCGUCAGAGUCACCUCUCUCUGUGCCGAUACUGCUGCAACUGCUGUAAGAAUAAAGGCUGUGGGUUCUGCUGCAGGUUCUAAUAACGGACCACAUGCAAGUUUUCACCCCCACUCAAGGGAUGGGACGUUAACUUAUUUAUCCUCCUGGACUGAUCUUAUUUCACUCUUAUGUUGACAUUCUCCUGCUUGGACAUCUUCACUUGUUGAAUGGAUCCAACAUUAUGGGUUAAAAUUAUGAUGUAUUGCUUUUUUAUACACCGAGGUGGAAAAGGUUGUAAGGUGCUAUGAGAUCCUUGUUCUGGGAAUUUCACCUAGAAGCUAUGCUUGCUAGCUAUACUAUUAGCUUUAUGCAUGUGUGUAGUGAAUGUACAUAGCUAGCUUUUUAACAAAAAAAAAAAAUCAUUUCAAGAAACAAUUUUGUUAUCUCUGGAAAGAAAUAUGAUCAUGAGGUCAUGUCCAGCCUCCAUUUCUGUUUUUAUACACACUGCCAACUUACAGUACAUCCCGAUUUUGCCAAACGUCAGAUCAUUUAGUCGCAAAUUUGAGCAUGUGUCGGAAAAAUCAGUUGAUAAAAAUUAGCUAGCUGUCUAGUGAGCUUGGCUAGCUAGUUAAUAUCAGGAAGCUACUCCUGGAGAAUUAUCGUUAAUCGUAGCUAAGCUAAUCGAUAUGAAAAAUGGGUAACGUUGAUGUCGCAUGAUUAAGUUUGAGAUAAAUCUUCAUUUAAACUUCACCCUCGUUGAGAUGUUUGUCAGGGUGUGUUUGUUUUUAUCAAUGAAGCUUGGUGGAGGAAAUGUCAAUGAGCUAAUCAAUGAAAACGUUAGCUCAGCUACAUAUUUGUGGGCCGAUAAGUAUAUUUUCUACAUAUUGCCUAAGCAAAUGCCUGUUGUAAAUAUUUGUCAAAUCGAUCAUUAUUACUACACGUUGUUUUGUACUACGCUUGUAAUAAACAAGUUUCAUACAA